AUGGGAUCGUACGAUCCUACUGCUGGCGACUCUAUACAAAAUACCGGAUUGUGUCCAUUGAAUUUUCGACUUUCCCUAACGGAUGUAUUAGAGGGUGACAUUUCACGUACCCAAGUUACAUCGCCGGCAAGAUUUCCAAAGAAAAGGAAAGGAGAAGCUGAAAGCGGACGAGCGACGAAGGCGGAGUUCGACGACAAUCUUCAACCGAACGAGGAACUGGCGAUAUUCGGUGGAAAUCUCCGACGAUUCGAGAACCGUGGCAAAUUUUCCUUUUGGAAUAUCGACGAAAACAUGCAGUUACUGGUUCCAGAAAGAAAGACGAUAGAAUUCGGUGUACGAUUCCAACCGGUUAACGAGAGAAGACCUUCGGACGCAGCAAAGGAAACGGCCCCCAACAGCAGAAAGAAGAAGAAGGAGGGGAAGGAAAAUGCAGACGAGCUGAAGAAAUUGUAUCACUGCCACGUGGCGAUGGUGAAACUCGCGUUGGGAAGUUCCGUGUUACUCGAUUUUAUAAUGAUAUGCUUCGUGAACUAG